AGGUCCAAUGAGUUAGUGGAUUAUCUAAAGAAGAAGUUUGAUACCGUGGAUCAAAGCCUAUCUGAUUUGGAAUGCAGUGUUAAGCACUCAGACAAGGAUUCCAUGGACUUGAAAUCCACUAAGAAUGCUUUGGAUCAGCACAAGGUAACAAAGCAUCUUUUCUUCCAAUAGCAGUUUAGAAACCCCCACCCCUCCCGCUCCCUUAAUGUUAGGCGAAUUUUGUUUCCCUAUUUGAAAAAUGACCUUUAUUGUAGAUAUAAUUUGCAAGCUAUUUGAAAUUGAAUGUCAUCUAUUUCUCGUUUUAAAAUAAGCUAUCAUCGUUCAAUUUCGCAGUGACCACGUGACAUAUUUUGCCACUUAUUAGUCCAAGUAAAGCGUGGCAUCUGGAUUUUGCGCGAAAAAGCACUGAAAUCAUGUGUUUUUCACCGAUAUUUCUAGAAAGGUCGCUGCUCGUCGUCAGUAAUAAAUCCAUUUGACAGUUUACAGACUAAUGUGUUCUGUGCCCAUUCGCUAUAAAUGUCACUAAGGCAGCAUUCACACUUGGUACCCGGGCACAGCACACUAAUGUGAACACAACUUUUUUUGAAGUACCUACGUUAGAAUUCGGGCACGGUGCCGGUGCCUAAGUUAAGAUUGAGCCCUUGCACUCAGGCGCAAAAGUGAGCACCGGUAACUUUUGAGCACACUGUUUUUGUACUUUUGAGGCAGUCCACUGCUUUGUUCUCGCUGCUAAGCUUCAACUAAAAAAUGGCGUCUGACUGGAAUUAACUAUGUACACAGUUACAUAUCGGGUACUCAGGGUGUGAACACAACACCAUUUUGUACCUGUACCCAGGCACUGGUUCCCGGGCGCCAUGUGCCGACAGGCCCAUAGAAGCUGGUUGAUUUCCUUUUUAUCUGAUUCGUAUCUCAGGAGGUACUUAGCCAUUUUACGUCAGUAGAAUCUGACACAUAUGAUGUUCUGGAGGAAGGAAAGCAAUUGAUAAAAGACACACGCUUUGACAGAGCACAUGGAGAAUACUUUUAUGAAAGAAUUGAAGUAACAGUCAUAAGGAUAACAACUAUAAAGGAAAAUAUCAACAGAGAGCAUCAAAGGUAUGCGCCGUGUUUACUGCUUCUUAAGAGCCAAAUUUGUAUCACACCUGUUGUAACCAUCUGUGAUAAUACCAUCCUCGUUCCUUAGAAAUAAGUUCAAUACUUUUUUGUUGUAAAAUAUGACUUUUCUUCUUGCAGAUUGCACUUAACUAGGAUAUUAAACAAGUAACACAAUUUUUGUUCUCCUGAUUUUCAGGUUGUUCGAUCUGUAUCUUAUUUUACGAAGACAACACUUGGAACGGAUGAAUGGUUGGCUAUUGCGAGCUGAGUCUCGAAUAUCAUUGGAUGAUGUGAUAGAACCAACCUAUAAGAGAGUGCAACAGCAAGUCUGGGAGCAUCAGGUACAUGCAUGUGUGUUUACUACAUAGGCGGUAAGGGAGAACAUGCAUGAUCGCAGGCCAUCACGUAAUGCCCAAUUAAGACGAAGUACGUGAUAUUCCUUCACUAAGUGACCCAAUUCUCAUACACUUCAAAGUGGCUUGCUCACAACUCAGUUGUUUGAAAAUAACGGAUACACUGGUCUUCGCAUUAUGUAGCGCAAAACAGUGAAACGUUUACUUUCACAAGGAUUAAUUGAAUUAUUAACAAUAGCAUAUGCCAUUGUCAUCUGAGACUCUUGCUAUUAAAUAUCUGAAAUAUCUCUAAUCAAAAUCUCUCUGAUAUUAAUAUAAAUGUCCGUAAUAUUAAACUCACCAGUACAUUUCUAUAAACCUGUAGAGGGUAGCAAAUUUAUUUUUUGGAGCCCCAAUUGUACGGUCAAUUUUCUUAGAAAAAGACGCCGUUGAAAUCGGCGUAUUGUUUGCAUGUUGGAGGUGUCCGUCCCAAAAAAAGGCAAGGAAAUGAUUGAAGAUCAACAGGGGGCCAAUUUUACAAUGUGGCCGUACGUGUCCAUACCAGGAAGCUCUCGGUCUUUUAAAGUUGUCCGUUAACCGGGAAUUGACAGUGUCCUGCAGUUAUAUUAUUAUAAGUUGGAUAUAAAAAGGCUGCAAGAAUUUCAUGUUUAUCCACUGCUGUUCUGUAGGCUUUUCAAGAAGAACUGUCAAAUUACUCCAUGGCAAACAUGGUACUGGAUAUGGACUUGGAACACCCAGCUUUGGAUGAAAACAUAAGGGACUGGGUCAAGGUAUUUUUAACAUAAAAAAGCUGUAUUGUUGGAGCACACCCUCUCCCAACCCUCCCCCGGGGGGCACUCCCUAUAGUGCCUAUACGGGAAGGAUCCGCCCGAAAGGAGUACCUUUUUCUGGCUUCAGGUAUAUGAGAGGAUUCAUUAGUAUAAGGGAAGGGAAUUUUGUAAAUUUGGUGUAUAAAAUCGAAUAACAUAUACAUUUUACGGCUGUAAAUAACUCGAGUCUAGUCAUAUCCUAAAGAGACGAAAUUUACAGCGGUUAAAAGGGAUGCAAAGUUCUUAAAACAAGGUAUGUGAAAGGAGUAUUAUUUGUCAAUAGAAGGUAUACAUACGAAAGAAAUACUCUUUCCGCCAAAAAUGAAGCAUCAAAAAAUAAGGGGUUGGACCUCGGGGCGGAGCCCCCUCUUAUAAAACUUUGCUGAGUACCCGCCAGGUUUGAAACAUUAUUUCACUGGCAGGUUUAUAACUAGAAGGAAACUUUCCAUUCUAUUGCGGCCAUACAGGUAUUAAGCGAGCGUUGGACGGUUGUGUGGAACUGGGCGGAAGAGUGGAAGGAGAAGCUUAACCAGGCUCUAAUUGACUGGCAAAAUUUACGUGAAGAACAAGCUGCCUUGCUUUCCUGGCUUUCAAGUAAAGAAAAAACUUUUGAUUUGAUUGGAGAAACAGAUAUCACCAACGAAGAACAAGUUACGAUGAAUUUAAAUCUGCUCGAGGUAAGAACAUUUCAUUUUAGUUAUCAGUAAUUUCUAUCGAUUCUCGACCCUUCACAUAAAAAACCCAAAGAAACGGUGCUAAUUUCAUGCCAUUGAUGCUUUUUAAUUCUUAAGGUCAUUUUUCUUUUCGUGUCCCCCUCUUGAGGCCGAGUGAAAUUCUCCUUGUUUAAAGAACCAAGAACUGAUUGAAGAAAUGUUUAUGUCUUUAAAAAAACUUGGAUGAUUUUACAACUGGGGUGUCCAUCAAAAACGUUUAAUGAAAGCAUGUUAUUUGUGGAAUAAAAAGGAAGUCGAAAGCCUUUGUUCACGCCAUUAUGAAUAACAAGCGGAAAAUAAUGUUAGAAUCUAUAAAAAGUGGUUUCACUCUUAAAACGAUGUUGCCAAAUUUCAAGAACGAUUAUCAACAAUCCUCAAAUAUAAUUCAUUUUCGUCAGUUAGACGACGUUUCCACAGUCCCAGGUUAAUACAAUAUCGGUAUAAAUAAUUGUAAAAAUUUUAAGUGCGACGGAACAAUGUCGCCUGAUUUAGGGUUCACUUAACUAACGUAAGAAAUCGGAGCGUCUAAUGCGUCCCUCUUCACUUUGUCUCUCAGACAAUGAAAAAAGAAAUGGAAAGCCGACAAGAGGAACGAUUAGACUCAUUGCGUGAGACUGGAGAAAAGCUAAUCAAAGACGCUGAAUACCAUGAUGCGACAGCUAAGGGGAUCCGUGACCAGGUGAAUGACUUCGGCACUUGCUGGAAGGACAUCACUGAAUCGAUUAAAGAAAGGAAAGCAAUGGUAAGUGAUGUGAUUGGCCAUUAUAAAGUAAUCGUUAUCAUCAUCAUCAUUAUCAUCAUCAUAAAGUCGAUCUGGAUCUGCCUUUAAUUUUUACGAACAUCCUUCACCUUUUGUUAUCCAACUGACAGUCGAUGAAUGUUCUUACUACCGUGUGGCACGAAACUUUUUGCGGAAGUUUAUUUUUGAGGAUUGGCGAUUGACGUGAUUUUUUUGUAUUUUUAAGGAACUAAUUUUUGCGUUUAGGACAGAUUGGUUUUUCUUACUGGGGACUGAUUUUUUUGCAAAAGAAAGAAAGAAAGUCGCGGACAAAUCAUUGAUAAUAUUUUCGUCCGUUUUUUUUUUUUGAGUACGUGCAAUGGAAAUACAUAUUUUAAAACAACACUACGUUUUACGUACCCUGUGUAAAACGAAUAAAAUAGGUUACUUUUCUUUGUCAUUCUAUUACAAAAACGAACAGACGCGACUUCUUUAUUUGUACUGUAUUUUUGUGUAGCGAAUUUAAGUUCGAGAAUAUUUACUAUGAAGUAAAUUUUUGCGGGAAAAAUGUUUACAGUAUUUAUUUAUUUAUUUUUUUUUUUGCCCGACCUUUUUUUUGCGGAUCGCUGGAAAAAUCGCACACAGUAGUCUGAUUAUGCUUCUACCUGAUUUAACGGUUAAACAGAAAAUAAUUUAAAUGGUCGGGUUGUAGCCAUGUAGCAAUAGCCGGUCAACCUCCGCUGCUCAAACGACCGUAAAAUAACGUUCUGAUCCCCUGUUUCAAAAUGAUUUCUUUUAAGCAUUUAAGAUUGCGUCCAGAACAAUACUGUAUUGAGGUUAAGCGAGGAAUUACGGAUUGGUUUUCAUACAGAGUAAAUAAUAUAAGUCGAAAGCUUAACCUCGGAACUAUGACUAGAUUACUGUUCGUGAUUUUUUGUUUGUCUGUUCGUUUCUUUUGAUGUUGUCGUUUUGUUCGUUGUUGUUGAAACCACAGUGGGUCCACACAAUCUGUUUGUGUAACCGAUUUUUACUUUAUAGUAAAUGUAUUGUAUUUACCGUUUGCUUCCUCUAUUACGAUAUCUUGCUAGACAUGUAUAUCGGUCAAUGUUAAAUAAAUGUUGCAUUGCCUUACCUUCGGUAUAUUGUCUCACUUUUCACUCAAAAAAGUUAUUUCGAGCGAUUUGGAAGAAUUUUGAGUGAGCCGUUUACUGUUCCUCUGAGGCAAAAGGACGACAAUAUACCGCAGGUAAGGUAAUAUAACGUUUAUUUAACAUUGACCUAUAUACAUAAUUAGUGGUAUACCGAUAUAGACGAAGCAAACGGAAAAUCCUUUACAUUUACUAUAAAAUUACAAUCGGUUACACAAACAGGUUUGUGGGAUCCCUGUGAUGAAAGAUGGACCAUUUUUGUAUUCUAGCUUCAGGAAGCCCAAAACAAGGUGAAAAGAAUGGGAAUUUUAAUGAAGGAAGUCAGAGCUUGGUUGUACGAGGCAGAACAAUUCAUCAAGCUCGCUAGUUUGCAAGAGGAUCCACAAAAAGAAACCGACAUACAAGAAAAGAUUGAGGUCAGAAUAAAGUGCUAUAAAAUAAGCUGACAUUAUUUUCAGUUACAGAUUACAACUGCAUCCAGUUUUUGCGUUAAGGUAGAAUAACGCAACCAAAAACGAAUUCAUAAUUUGUAAAGAAAAAAAUCAAAAGAAAUUCAUGUUUAAUGAGUGUCUUUAUCUGAUAAAGACACCGCUAAAUUUUACGUCCAACGUUUUAGACCCAAAUAACCCCAAAUCUAAAUAUUAAUGUUAGAAUGAGUUGAUCUUUAUUACAGACAUUUUGAAGCCGUUCAAUAAACUCGUGGUCGUGUAUUAUCAGGUUUAAAAACACUCGCUUGCGCCUCAAAUUUUUAAACCUGAUUAUACACCCCUGCUCGUUUUUGAAACAGUACUUUAAAACAGCAAUACCCUUACCGGGGAUACAAAUCUUUGCUUUUGGUGGAUUUGCACGUGGCUAAUCUAGCUAGAACAGGGACUCCAGCUGAAUAGCCACAAAAAACAAAACAAAUAAAAAAUAACAUAUUAUCUGAAGUUAACCCUUCAUGAAAUUAACGCGGAUUUCAUUUAAGUUGUGUUAAUCUCUUGAAACGUUAACUUCCGCGCCUUUAAUUAAGUGGAGAGUAAUUCCCGCGACCCUUUAUUUUCAUUAUUUUGGAUACACUUCUGACAUUCUUGACACCUAGAGUACUCUAGAGUAUUCUAUCAGGGUGGAGAUGAACCAGUAAAAGUGAAACUUUGAGGAACCCUUGAAAUGGCCAGAUUUAAUCCCUUGACCCCCUUCGUACGUUUAAGAAAUUACCACGAACAAAAUUUCCAUUUCAAAUUUUACUUUUAACUUUGUUUUGUCUUGUCUCGAAGUUUUGUUUGUUCGAGAGCGUUGGUUAAUUUUGCGUUUUUUUUUUUUUUUUUUUUUUUUGGGGGGGGGGGGGGGGUUGGGUUUACCCUCCCUUUCGCAUUAAAUUCUUUAUAUGAAAGUCGUUUUCCACUAGAUUCGCCUUAAUUCAAGUCGCGUUAGUUUCCAAGACCUUAAGUUCAUGGAGCGUUCAUUUCCUAUAAUGAGGUAUAAGGUCUACCUAGACUGCUCCGCAGACGAAACUGAACUUCUGGUUAAGUCUGUCUGCGAAAUAGCGCCAAAAUCCUCUUUCUGGGCCUCCACCCAAAUACCAUCAUUUGAGUACCCGCCAUGACUGGCCUGUUAAAAAUCUUGUUGUCGAUUUGUCGCUCAAGGAAAUUUGAAACGCAUUUGCGGUAAUUCGUUGAGUCCGAAUAGGCUCUGCUUCGCAGACGUUAUUAACCGAAGUUGGAUUACGUUUGUGACGAAGGCUAGGUACACCAUAUGUGAACAUUCUUUGAUCUAUUAUUUAAAAUAACUUUUUUAGUUGCUCGUUUCCUUUAUUAAUACCGCAAAUACUUUUUUUUAUUAUCAUCUCUGCAGAUUAAAUGCGAAGAAAGAGAACAAAAUCAGCCUAAAGUUGACGAAGUCAAAAGGCUGGAAGACUUGCUUAGCAGUGAAAUCGACAAAAAGUCAAAUUAUCAUUUGCAAAGAGUCACCAAGCCGUUCUACAAGCGGUGGAAUGACGCUAGUAUGGCCCUUAACAGAUAUCGCAAUGAAGAUUACCCGUUUGUCAAACCCAACGAUUGC